AGCAUUUUCUAGAAUAAGACAAACCAACAUUAUAUUAUAAUACUAUAAUGAGUAUUUCAAGAUAUUAUAAACGAGAAAAGUGAUGGAGAACAACCCUAGUUCAUCAAGACUUGACAGAAAAUUCAUUGAGAGAAACAGAAGAAAUCAAAUGAAAACUCUCUACCACAAACUCAAUUCAAUUCUUCCUCAUCAAACCUCAAAGGCUAUUUCGAUGCCGGAUCGGCUAGAGGAAGCAACAAAUUACAUAAAGACGUUGCAGAUAAAUUUGGAGAAAACGAAGGAAAAGAAGAAGUUUCUACUAGAAACUCAAAGGCCAAAUGUGAAUAUGAAAAGAAGCAAGAAAUUGAUAUUAAAAUCUCCAAAAAUUGAGAUCCACCAAAUAGGUUUAACCUUACAAGUUGUUCUAAUAACUGGAUUGGAUUCACAGUUUUUGUUCAAUGAAACCAUUAGAAUUCUGAAUGAAGAGAGACUUGAUAUUGUUAAUGCUAGCUAUAAAGUCAAUAAAGAUUCUGUUUUCCAUUCAAUACAUUGUCAGGUACAAGAAGAAUUUGGCAAUGGAAGUGCAAGAAUAUCUGAGAGAUUGAACAAGUUUAUGCAUGAUUAUUAGCCUAAGCCCUAAUGCAUGUCUUCGAUUUCAUUAAGCUAUUAUAAAUAUAUAAUUCUAUAUAUGUGUGCAUUUUGUAAUAUUUAUCUAUAUCUAUGCUGGUGUUUAGAUUCUGUUUUUUUUUAUUUUAUAUAGAAAUGGAAAAUAUCUGAACUAAAAGGUUUUGAUA